ACAUCCCCAACCCCUGGCGUCUUCCUAGCCUGGGGCCUUGAGCCAGGCCGUGGCUGACCAGCAGCAGUCAUGGAUGUGGCUUUGGUGGACUUUGAGAGUCUGGUGGACAUCAACAGCAGCCUGGAGGACGAGCUGGACAACCCAGACUACCCCAACGAGACCACGGCCCUCACCCUGGACAUGCCCCCAGAUCACGGUCCUGGGAGCAACCUCCACCUCCGCCCCCCGCAGACCUCAUACCUGGCCUCGACCCCCUCCCACCACAGCCCCUCGCCCUCGCCCCUCAGGGGGGCCGUGCCCGGCUCCCCCACCAGGCCGCCUCAAGGCAGGCGAGGCCGCCCCAGCUGCGCCAGCAUCAUCUCCAACUGGAGGCUGCUGCUGAACAGCGAGGGGACUCAGAGCGAGGCCAUCUUCAGCAGGCUGGCCAAGGAGUGCUGCGAGGACCUGUUUGUGGACAAGCGGGGCCUGGAUGACGGCGACCAGAAGGUCAUCAUCAACAUCGCUGGCCUUCGCUUCGAGACUCAAGUCAAGACGCUGGACCAGUUCCCCGAAACAUUGCUAGGAGACCCCAUGAAGAGGAUGGACUACUUUGACCCCAUGAGGAAUGAGUAUUUCUUUGAUCGGAACCGGCCGAGUUUUGACGGGAUCUUGUAUUACUACCAGUCCGGAGGGAAGAUUCGACGUCCUGCCAAUGUUCCAUUGGACGUGUUUGCCGAUGAGAUUCUGUUCUAUGAGCUGGGGAGCGAGGCCAUGGAGCAGUUCAGGGAAGACGAGGGCUUUAUCAAAGAAGCGGAGAUCCCUCUGCCCACCAACGAAGUGCACCGGCAGUUCUGGCUGCUGUUCGAGUACCCGGAAAGUUCCAACGCGGCGCGCGGCGUGGCACUCGUCUCCGUCUUUGUCAUCGUGAUCUCCAUCAUCAUCUUCUGCGUAGAGACGCUCCCCGAGUUCCGGGACGAAAUGGACCGGAUCGUUCCCACAGCGAUGCAGCCCUUCAACCAAUCGGGUGGCCUGUCCCCUGGCGUCACCUCCCCGUUCUCCGACCCCUUCUUCAUCAUCGAGACGGCCUGCAUCGUGUGGUUCUUCUUCGAGCUGUGCGUGCGCUUCGUGGUGUGCCCCAGCAAGAGCGACUUCUUCCACAACCUCAUGAACGUCAUCGACCUGGUCUCCAUCAUCCCCUACUUUGUCACCUUGGUGACGGAGGUGAUCAGCACGCCCCAGGAGAACUCGAGCCAGAACAUGUCGCUGGCCAUCCUCCGCAUCAUCCGUCUGGUGCGGGUGUUCCGCAUCUUCAAGCUCUCGCGCCACUCCAAGGGGCUCCAGAUCCUGGGCCAGACGCUCAAGGCCAGCAUGCGCGAGCUCGGCCUGCUCAUCUUCUUCCUCUUCAUCGGGGUCAUCCUCUUCUCCAGCGCCAUCUACUUUGCCGAAGUGGACGAGCCCAGCACGCAGUUCGUCAGCAUCCCCGACGGCUUCUGGUGGGCCGUGGUGACCAUGACGACCGUGGGCUACGGGGACAUGUGUCCCAUCACCAUGGGGGGCAAGAUGGUGGGCACCCUGUGCGCCAUCGCCGGCGUGCUGACCAUCGCCCUGCCCGUGCCCGUCAUCGUGUCCAACUUCAACUACUUCUACCAUCGCGAGACGGAGGGCGAGGACAAGCCGCCGCUGGUGGUUGCUGUGGAGGAGGCCAUGAAAUCAGACGUGGAAGCCAAGCGAGGGAGCUGCUCCUCGUUGAACAAGGCUAAUGGGACCUGGCAAAGUGACAAAGGAAAUUACACUGACCUGUGAGGAGAGACGCCCAACCGGAAGAGAUUUUUUUUUACCUGAACAAAUUUUUUGUAUUGACUCUUGGUCAUGGCUUUUAAGUUUGGGACACCACUAGUAGCAGAUGUCAAAAAGGGAUGGAUCAUAUCAUUUGUGAUUAGGUAGAUUCUUUAUAAGGUUGCCAAUGGUGGUUAGAAUGGACAACUGUUACCUCUUGUGCAAAUACAGUUACUGUUAGAAACCAUGCAAAUAGUUACAUCUGGCAACCAUGUCAAUAACAACAGCCUAUAUUAGAUUGGUACAUUACAUGCGUUUUCAUCCAGUAAAUAAGUCAGAACAUUAUCAGUUCAUUUACCUGCAGGUCCUACAUCUUUCAGUAGUGUUCAGUCAGCAUCCUUCAUACAGUAUCCUAGAUUUACAGCAAUGUGUAUGUUUAAAUGUUUUGUUGACCAGUUUGUGCACCUUCUGGUUCCAGUGUUCUCUACAAUUACUCAUUAGAUAAAGAAUACUAUAUUUAUUUCAUGAUUAUGUUAUUUAUUAUA